AACGACAGCAACAAUGUCCUCCACCGCCAACGUGCCCUCGCAAUCCACUCUCCCGCCCCUAUCCGCCCUCCAAGCCCUCCUCAUCACCAACCCACUCCCUUCCUCUUCUCCCCACACAACUGAACACCAGCACCUCGCCCUCCAAAUCGCCCACAACCUAAAACAUCAACACAACUGGACGUCUCUCCGCCUACACACCUAUUCCUCCUCCAAGACGCCCCUCUCCCGUCCUCUCCUCUCCGGCAUCCCACCCUCUCGCCUCUACGUCCAUCCCGACGAACAAAUCGCCCUCCUUCAACGCGCAAAAGAACAGCAACCGAAUGGAACUCCUUCGUUAACGAGCCUCAAACCGGAGCGGGAAUGGAUCCUUCCUAGCCAUUUGCGGGAGAAGUGGAGCUUGAGGAAAUUCGGGGAGGUGUUCGAUGGUAUCGGCGUGACCCCCGGAAGCAGAGAGGGAGUGGAGGUUCUGGAAGAGGAGAGCAGAGGUCGGACGGGGAGGGAUGUGAAUGGUAUGGAGAAAGAAGAGGUGGGAGAGUGGAGGGAGAAGUUGCCGAAGAGAGUGUUGUUGGCGACUGCGGAUGACGAUAGUACCGUGGUGUACUAUGUGGUGCAUGACGGGGUCGUGAAACCGAGGCAGAAUUGAAACCAACGCCAUGGAGAAUUAGAUGUGGGAAAGAAUUUGAAGGCAG